UAACGGGCGGAUAUUUUCAAAAUGGAAGAAAUGGCAAAGUUUUGGAGGGGAACGCAAGAACAACAUUCAUCUGCCCUCUGAGUCCUCCGGUACCGACUAUCGAUGCACUCAGCCGAUCGAGGAAUAAUUUUUGAAACUUGCAGGCGUCUGCAUGUGAAAACCAGACACGAUGAGUGUUUCAAUCGGCGAUAAAAUUGAGGAUUUUAAGGUCCUCACCCUCCUUGGCAAAGGCUCCUUUGCAUGUGUUUACAGGGCAAAAUCAGUCAAGACUGGUCUGGAGGUUGCGAUCAAAACGAUUGACAAAAAAGCAAUGCACAAAGCUGGUAUGGUCCAGCGUGUGACAAACGAGGUGGAGAUUCAGUGCCGAUUGAAACAUCCCUCCAUACUUGAGCUUUACAAUUACUUUGAGGACAGCAACUAUGUGUACUUGGUGUUGGAGAUGUGCCACAAUGGAGAGAUGAGUCGGUACCUUAAAGAGCGGAAGAUGCCUUUCUCUGAGGAUGAAGCAAGACAUUUCAUGCAUCAAAUAGUGAAAGGAAUGCUGUAUUUACAUACCCACGGCAUCUUGCAUCGAGAUCUAACCUUGUCAAAUCUUUUGCUGACAAGCAGCAUGAACAUAAAGAUAGCAGACUUUGGCCUGGCCACUCAGCUCAAACUCCCAAAUGAAAAGCACUUCACAAUGUGUGGGACACCCAAUUACAUCUCCCCAGAGGUGGCCACUCGCAGCGCUCAUGGUCUUGAAUCAGAUGUGUGGUCACUGGGGUGCAUGUUCUACGCUUUCCUGAUGGGCCGUCCUCCAUUCGACACGGACACAGUCAAGCACACUCUGUCUAAAGUGGUUCUUGGGGAUUAUGAGAUGCCCAGCCAUGUUUCUCUAGAGGCGCAGGACCUGAUCCAUCAGCUGCUGCAGAGGGACCCCGCCCAGCGGCCCAGCCUCUCUGCAGUGCUGGACCACCCGUUUAUGACCCAAAGCCUGCUGGUCAGGACCAAGGAGCUGGGGUUGGGGGAUGAGGGAUCCAUUGACAGUGGCAUUGCUACCAUCUCCACAGCCUGCACCUCCUCCAUCUCAGCCAGCGGCAGCAGCCGCCUCCAGAGAAGAACCAAGCACAUGAUUGGCUCUGCUCUACCUAACAGGAUGGCGCCUAUUCCGAGUCUUCCACGCCAACCCAACAGCGCCUGUUUUGAGGACGGAGACCAGUGGCAGCAGCAGCACCCUGCAGACAGAUUUCACAGAGAGGGCAGGAGCAGGGGGGUUCAUGGUGGAGACAGCGGGCAGCCUCAUUCUCGCUACCUGAGGAGGGCUCACUCUUCAGAUCGCUCCAGCUCUUCUGCAUCAGGCCAGGGGUCGAGUCAUGCUGAGCUGGGGAGAUGCCACUCAGAGGAGACUCUGACAAGUUUAGGUAGACCAGUCUUCCCUAUGUCCUCUACUCAGCACCCAUUUACAGAGCACGGAAGGCUCCCCUCUCCCCCCGUCAAACAGUCAGCAAAUUCUGGGUAUAUGUUGUCCACGCAGACUGCACAUCCACCAAACUUGCAAUUUCAAGAUCUGGAGGGAGUCACUAAUUGGCUCAAUAACGAGGCCUCUGGGCAGAAGCCCGCGGACAGCAGCACUCACAGCAGCAGUGGCAGCUUCCACAGCAGCAGAGGACCUUUGGGGGUUCAUAAUUCCUGGACAGACAUGCCCAUGGGCCGAAAUGUGAACCCCCACCACAACCAGCACCACAUGCACCAUAACCUUCCCUCCAACUGUGACUCGUACAGGGAAAACAUACCUGGAGCAGAGUUCCAGCCUCCUCACGGCAGAGAAUUAAAGCCUCCUUCAGUCAAACCCGGUGUGGAUAAAGAGAAGAAAACGCUGAGGGACAUAGUUCCUCCCCUGUGUGCGUCCAGACUGAAGCCAAUCAGACAGAAGACCAAAAAUGCUGUUGUGAGCGUGCUGGACACAGGUGAAGUGUGCAUGGAGUUGUUAAAAUGCCAGAAUGGUCAAGAGAGGGUUAAAGAAGUCCUUAGGAUUUCCUGUGAUGGUUUGAUGGUGACGAUAUACCAGCCUAAUGGUGGAAAGGGUUUUCCUGUCCUGGACUGUCCUCCUGCUCCUCCAGAAGAUAUUCUGAUUUGUAGCUACGAGGACCUUCCAGAAAAGUACUGGAAGAAGUACCAGUACGCCUCCAAGUUUGUGCAGCUCGUGAAAUCCAAGACUCCAAAAGUGACUCUCUACACCAAGUACGCCAAGGUGAUGCUGAUGGAGAACUCUCCCAAUGCAGAUCUGGAGGUUUGCUUUUAUGAUGGAGCAAAGACCCACAAGACGUCAGAGCUGGUGCGAGUGGUUGAGAAAAGCGGGAAGUCGUACACGGUGAAGGGCGAGGUGGGGCUGAGCGGCCUGAGCCCAGAGAGCAGGCUAUAUGUGGAGCUGUCUGAUGAAGGCCACAGCAUGUGUUUGUCCCUGGAGGCCGCCAUCACAGCAGAGGAGCAGCGCAGCACCAAGAACGUCCCUUUCUUCCCCGUCACUAUCGGCAGGAGACCUGCCAACCCAGACACGCUGUGCUCAUCAUCCCUGCCCUCCCAGCCGGUUCCUCCUGAAAUAGCUUCACCUCCUCAGCCUCCACAGAUCACUCCUUCAAUGAUCUCCUACGAUGGGUCUGACUUCACCACAGCCAGUCUGAGUAAGAAAAGCUCCCCGCUGCGUCAGGAAACAGGGAAAGUGGUGAAGUCGAUAUUUGUACCCAAUGUUGGAUGGGCCUCCCAGCUGACGAAUGGAGAGGUGUGGGUGCAGUUUAACGACGGGUCUCAGCUGGUGGUUCAGGCGGGAGUUUCCUGCAUCACCUACACGUCUCCAGAGGGGAGGAUCACCAGGUAUAAAGAAAACGAAAAGUUGCCUGAACACGUCAAGGAGAAGCUUCACUGUCUCUCCACCAUCCUGGGACUGCUGGCCAACCCGACAGCACACCAUCUACAACCUCAUGAACACUUGGUGGUUUGAAGAAACAAACACCCAGCACCCUAGAGGCCUGGCAGAGAGCAGAAAGUAGCAUUAGAAACCUUUGUACCCUCUUUUGUCUGGCGUUCUUGUAAAUAUGUGGGCUUUUUUUUUUUUACAUGUACAGAAGACUAAAAUUAUGAGAAUAUAUAUUUUUAUUUUAAUAAGCAACCAUUUUGUCUCAAUUAGCCUUGUUGGAAAAAAGUUUGUCAUGAUAUGUGUGUCUUGGUUUUUUACUGUGUCUCCAAUUCUAUGAAAUGUGCGAUUCAUAAACGCUGAGUCAAUAAACACCUGGAGGCUGGGUGGAGAAAUGCUGCACUCUGUUUUGCAGUCUUCUCUUUGCACUCAUGAAGCAUUUUUUGAUGGAAGAAAUUAAAGUAUUUAAUAAUGAUCUGAAGGGAUCAACUGAAUGGACUGUGCAGAAUUAAGAAACAUUUUUCGGCUUGAAGUCUCAUGUGACAGGUCUAAGAUGUGAUACUGAAGAGACAGCAUGCACCCACAAACAAUCAGACAACCAAAGCUGAAUCAAACAGAGCCCGGUAAGGUUUCACAUGUUUAUUUCGCCCUGUUGUUUUGGCCAUUUAAUUAAAAAAAGGUCACAAAAUUGUGGAUUCCUCUCAAUUACAGAACUGAUACAAAACAACAUACUGUACGGAUGUAAGCCUAGGCAUAUAUACACGUACUGUACAAGACACCCAAGAAGUAAACAUUCAGGUGGAAACUGGGAGCAUGAUGACACCGUCUGGGUUGCAGAAAUGACCAAGGGUAGGAUUAACCAUUUAUUUCCCAUUUAGAAGCACGAUAAGGAACACAACAUAGGACACACGAUAUAGUGGUGUACACAGUAUCAGUCUUUCCAGCUUUAACAUGGACGCGCCUAAAACUUUGCCCCUUUUUCCUAGAUGAGGAGUCGGGUUAUAAGGAUGUGAAAGCUCCCUUUGAACCUGCUGCCAUACCUUUACAUUCUUAAUUCACUGUUACUUGUUGGAGAUUGAGGAAAUAUUCCCACAAUAUAAUGUGUCUAGUGAGGACAAACUUUCAGAGCAUCACUGGUGUUCUCUUGUCCCAGAGAGAUGCUGGUGAGAUGGCUGCGCUGACACUAUUAUUUACGAUCACAUGGCGAGCAAAAGGACAGUCAGUUCCCUUGGAUACUGAUGGAGGAAAUAAAACAGCUAGGAGGAGCUCUCUGGGACAAGAGGAGAAGCAGGCUCAGAGGAAUGCAAAAAAAAAAAUCUAGAUGCUAGAGGGAGACAACAGCAUCAAGCACAAGCUCAUCCAUCCCUUUGACACCACCUGUACAACCACACCCAGCGUUUUUUUACUACACCUCGAGUAAAUAUCCACCGUUUGUUCAAAAACAUCCACCGUGCUUUCACUUCAUUUAUAUAAAACAUUUUUUCCCCAUAAAAUCUCAAUAAAAUAAAGUUGCUCUUAGUAGAUAUCAGGACAAAGAUAUUAACAAAAUUGGAGUAAAAAAAUCUCACAGUGAACACUGGGAACAAGAGCUGGACCAUCUCCCCCCCCGCCCCUCC